AAUCCUCCACCUUUUCCUUUUCCCCUCCAAUUCAUUUUCUACACCUCCCCUGCUGGAGAUUGAUGAAACCCUACACCUAAAACAACCCCCCUAAAGAGGCCAAUUAGAGAAGGGAAGUGAUAUCAUUUGAAGGUGAAAUAGGGUUUGAAUUAGUCAAUAAGCAAUAAUAUUAUUCUAUGGGUUGUUGGUGAGUUGAGUUUACCAUCAAAGAGGAGACUUUGUACCUGUUGAAGAAGAGUUUUGGGGGCUUUUGUGAGCUCUUAUUGAUGCUCUCAUGGGGAAAGAGGGUUUGUUGAGUUUGGAUGAAUCUUCGAUUCUUAAGAUUUCCUCCGUGAAGAUGAAUCCUCAGGGGAGGUAUUGUUUUGUUCGCGGGGCGAAGAGUAAUGACUUGUAUUUCAGGAAGUCGAAGCUCGCGCCUCAUGCGAAGAGGCAUGCGGUGAUAUGGAGGCAUUUGAGGUCACUAGCUUUUGCCAUUGUGUUGUUGGGUGCUGUUUUCGUCCUUGAUUCAUUGAUGCUCUGUGUUGUUCAACAAAUAAAGUUUCGUGGUGAUCCAAUGGCCGGCGUAUCGAGGGGGUUGGAGGAUGUUAGAGAAGGACAUGUUGAGAAGGAAACUACUGAACUGAUGAUGUAUGGCCGGCUAAUAAAUUUGGCUUCUGCCGCUUUAAUGAAGAAUGAGAAUGGAAAUGGACAAUUGGCAUUAUGGGAGGAGCCAGAUAGACAAGCAUCUAUGUGGAAGCCUUGUGCAGAAGAGCAGAAUUAUAUUGACCAAGGGCAUGGCAAGAAAGGUACUGGAUACAUAUUAGUAAGCGCAAAUGGUGGUCUGAACCAACAACGAGUUGCUGUAUGUAAUGCUGUUGCAGUAGCUGUUCUACUCAAUGCAACUCUAGUCCUUCCCAAAUUUCUUUACAGCAGCGUGUGGAGAGAUGCCAGCCAGUUUGGUGAUAUAUACCAGGAAGACUUCUUCAUAGAUUAUUUGAAGGAUGAUGUGCAUAUAGUGAAAGAGUUGCCGUUGCACCUUCAGUCACUAGAUCUUGAGGCGAUUGGCAGCCAAAUCACUGAUAUGGACAUUAUGAAAGAGGCUGAACCUACCUAUUUUAUUGAAGUCGUGCUUCCUCUUCUACGCCGAAACAGUGUUGUCCAUUUCCUUGGAUUUGGAAAUCGACUCGCCUUUGAUCCAUUACCAUUGCAUCUUCAGACACUACGAUGCAAGUGUAACUUCCAUGCUUUAAAAUUUGUUCCUAAGAUUCAAGAAAUUGGCUCUUUAUUGGUGCGACGAAUUCGAAAGCAUGAUUCAAGACUCACUGAGUUGGAUAAACAACUCUUUGGAGAUCAUAGGCCCCAAACUUCUCUGCGAAUUCAUCACAAUCUGACAAGUCCUGCUAAAUAUCUUGCUUUACAUAUGAGGUUUGAGAUGGAUAUGGUAGCGUACUCUCUAUGUGAUUUCGGUGGUGGAGAGAAAGAGAGGAAGGAAUUACAAGCAUACAGGGAGAUACAUUUUCCUACACUAGUCAUGCGAUUUAGAAAUGGCUCGGUGUCCCCAGAAGAACUACGCAACUUGGGAAGAUGCCCGCUUAUGCCAGAGGAAGCAGCACUAAUGCUCUCUGCUCUUGGAUAUAGUCGUGAAACUUAUAUUUACCUUGCUGGAUCUCACAUAUAUGGCGGUCAUUCUAGAUUACUUCCAUUCAUUAGAGUCUAUCCAAAUUUAGUCACGAAAGAGGACCUUCUCACAACAAGCGAACUUGCCCCCUUCAGGAAUUUCUCUUCCCAGUUGGCAGCGUUGGAUUUCAUAGCUUGUGCGUCAGCUGAUGUUUUUGCAAUGACUGAUUCCGGGAGCCAAUUGUCAUCUCUUGUGACGGGGUAUCGAACUUACCACGGAAGGGGACGCACCCCAACCUUACGGCCCAACAAGAAACGGCUUGCCAAAAUUUUAUCCGAGAACAAGACCAUGCAAUGGAAUGAGUUCGAGGAAAGGGUGAGGCAGAUGAUUGAGGAGAACCAAAGAGCAACAGCAAGGCGUCGAGGUAGAAGCAUCUACAGGCAGCCAAGAUCUCCGGGUUGCAUGUGCUCUUCUGAUAUUUUGCGCACGAGACAGUGAAAAGGGAGGGAAAAAGGAAAAAAGAAAGACUUCCUUGUAUUUCUUGUAAAUUUUUGGAUUCUUUUUUAGAGGUAGGAUACAAUGACUAAUUUUUUUAAAUUUUUUUGCCCAGAAGGCAUUUGUUUCUUUGAUCCAUCCUGAGAUCACAGGAUAUCAAAUAUGUCGAUGGAAUGACACGGUAAGUAGCUAUUCCUUUUGGUGUUCUUCAAUUGUUGGCAGAGAUCAUGUAUUCUCCAUAGCUCUUCAAAGAUUUUUUCCUUUUUUUAAAGUAA